AAAUAAAAGCUAUUCAUAUUCAACUCUUGAACUCGAUAUCUCUAACUAAAAUUGAGGAUAUAAUUCUUUCAUAUACAAUCCAUUUUGAAGAUAGAUUUUUCAAAGUCUAAUCAAAUUUUAGAUCAACGAAUUAUUUGAAGUUAAAUUUUUUAAUUAUGAUGAAACGCUAGCUUAGAUUAUAACCUUUGAGGACUAUUUUGAACCUAUUUCAUUUUUGUCAUUUUCUCAGCAUUAGACAUCCAAUUCCAAUUUUGAAUCAUACAAAAAGGGCAGAUUUUUUCUUGAAGAAUAAUAAUAGUAUUGAGUAGUUGGACGGCAGUUCUGUCUUUAGCAUCAAAUUCACUAACCAAAACUCCAAAACAAUGUGUACCAACUACUAUUUGUUAGACCAAAAUUGAUUCUUUUGUGUUCUUUUACACACAAAAAAUCAAACCAAAUGGACUGUUUUGUCUCUUGUGUCAUCACUCAUCUGUUUUCUUAGCUACUAUUAAGACUCUUGUCCUUCUCAUUCUCUUCACAUUACUUUUAAUACCCAUCUCCUAUUUCUUUGUAAAGUUUCAGUCUUUUGGGCUAUGGAUGUCUCAAACUCUUCUCUUGAUCACAGAUCAGAAUCAGCUAUAGCGACGGAGGCUAAGAAUGGUGAAGAUUUCUCAGUUCAUGUGUUCUCGUCCUCCGCCGAGUUACUUGAAAUGUUGCACGAGAAGUGGAAUUCAGUUAAGCAGCAACCUUAUCCGGCAAUGUAUUCUAGUGUAUAUGAUGGAAUCAUUCUUGAUCCAGCAAUGAUGGUUAUUCCAAUAGAUGAUCACAUGGUUCAUCGAGGACAUGGUGUCUUUGACACGGGUAUUAUUUUUGACGGCUAUCUGUACGAAAUGGAUGUCCACCUUAACCGCUUUCUUAGAUCAGCAUCCAAAGCCAGGAUCGCGUCUCCAUUUACAUUUUCAGAACUUAAAAGCAUUCUUAUUCAACUUUCUGCAGCAUCAAAGUGCAGGAAAGGCACUCUUAGAUAUUGGUUGAGUGCAGGGCCGGGGGACUUCUUACUCUCCCCAGCUAAAUGCCCGACAUCUGCAUUCUAUGCUGUGGUGAUUGAUGCCGAUUUCCAACAAUGCAAAAAAGGGGUAAAAGUGAUAACUUCUACGAUCCCCAUGAAAUCACCUCUGUUUGCUACUAUGAAAAAUGUGAACUACCUCCCCAAUGUCCUCUCCAUAAUGGAGGCCGAGGAUAAGGGAGCAGUUUCAUCUAUCUGGGUUGACGAAGAAGGUUAUAUCGCUGAGGGUCCAAAUGUGAAUGUUGCUUUUGUAAAUUCUGAUAAAGAGCUUAUCUUGCCUAACUUUGAUAAGAUCCUAAGUGGAUGCACUGCUUUGAGGCUUCUUCAACUUGCACCCAAGUUGGUCGAGCAGGGACGUUUGAAAUGUGUCAAAACUACUGCCAUCACAUUCGAAGAUGCCAAAGGAGCUUCCGAAAUGAUGUAUGUUGGAAGCACACUUCCUUUAUUACCAAUUAUCAUGUGGGAUGAUAAACCUAUUGGAAAUGGGGAAGUGGGAGAAUUGACGAUGGCACUCUCGGACUUACUUUGGGAAGAUAUGGCAGCUGGCCCUGAAUCACAGAGAAUUCGAGUUCCAUAUGCUUAAGAAAUCAAUCUCAAUUCAGAGAACAUACUGAUAGAGGGCCUGGAUGUUUUUAUAAGUUUGAUGUCAGUAUCAUUCUGUUUUCUAAGUUUUGUGUGGAACUACUCUACCAUUGCACAUUGCUUUUCAAGUAUUGAAUACCUUGCAAUGUAUUGGUACAUGAACUUUUCGAUUUUUAUGUUUGGAACAGAUUGAAAAAAAAUUACUCCUCGA